UGGAAACAUAUUUCUGUUUUCUGUCACAGAACAAAAACACCCUUGUAUCAUAGCGUUGUGUAUCGCCUUUGGGACUGCAUGCAGAUAUUUUGAUGUAAGUUGUGAUGCACAGCACAAAGUAUUGUGUAUUUGGCGUAUGUUACCGGCAAGUUGUGUGCAAAAAAGCUUUGUAUUGGUUUGCCAGUAAGCAUAGAUUAAAGUAACCCGGUAUCAAUAUUGAUAAUUAGACAGUGCUGUAAAGAGAGCGCUUGAUUUUGUGUUUUUGUUCGUAGAAUUGCUUUACUUCGCAUAUUUUCAUUUGCUCCUUUGAUGAUAAAUAUCUUGAUCAAGUAAAUGACCGAAUUAUAAAAAGACACGUGUCUUCCAAAGCAUGCACAGUCUUUGGUUUGCCCUCAUACUGUCAUUGAACGCUGCCAUGCACGAGAACGAGGAGGUGGAUAGCGGGUAUGAACAGACAUGCACUGCUGUGAUGAGCGAGUAUGAUAAUACUGAACCGCACAAAGAGACCGACGAUGAAACGACAGGUAUGUCUUCCGAAUCGUUUCUGCAGUUAGAUUGGAACCACAUAUUAGGUAGCAACUUUUCGGGUAUUUCUAAGGAAGACCGGUUGGUUGUGAUGCUACAAGGCAGUUAUCGGUCCUAUAUCACAGCAAGAAACUAUUUCAUGUGCUGCUAUGACGAACUGCAAAAGAACAGAGAGCUGUUCAAAAAGUUAAUGAAUAUUCUAAAACAGAAGAAACAGGAAGACAUUGUCUGUGAGAGCUUUGAUCAGCAAUUACAGGGACCGAUGUCGGGACGAUACCGUGUGUUUCUCGACGACAAAGAAAGCAACAAGAGAAAAAGGAUUGAUUCUCAAGAACAGUAUGGUAGUGACGAACAUCUAAGAGAAAAAA